UCGCCUUACUUUCGUUGCGAAGGGAUGACAAGGCGCCAUGGUGCAACAUGUGGUUUCCGGGAUCCAUUGUACGGACCUGACGGUCUAUGGAAAGAUGAAGAAAAAGAUGAAGUGAAGGGGAAAAGGGUUAUAGAACCUUGUGCCCCAAGAAAGUGCCCUUGUGGUGUGAAUGCGAAUCACGGGAUAGUGCCAUCGGAACUUGGAGUGGGGUACUACUGCGGACAUGUGAGAACACGGAAAUGUUCGUGGGAGGAGUACCUCGAUAAAGGAGCGGUUGAUCAUGAGAUUGCAUGGCGGAGUAAGCGUCCUCGAAACGUGCUGUCAAGCUAUUUGGAUAACAGGAAGAAAGAAAUUCGUGAUUACUACCAUGCUUUGUAUCCCCCCAUGAGAAAUACUACCAUGGCGGGUAAAGAUGUUUCGGCUACAGAGGUAGAAAUAGAAACAAUGAAGGUGCUUGUCGGUAAGUUACCCGUGGUUAUCCCGGACGACGAUGAUGACGAGGUGUUAUAUGAUGGGCUAGACGAUUAGACGGAGCAGUACAAAUUGUCUUGUGUCGCCUAUUUAUGAACGUGAUAUGUAAUCCUCGUCGACGAGCAAUGAAUAUUUGUAUGUCAGACCUAAAUUUAAUGCUUUUGCUCAUUUUCGGGUGUAAUGUGGUA